AUGGCAGCGUUUGAGGAGAUCUACGACUAUGUGGAAAAAGAUACAUUCAAGAGAUAUUUCCGCUUAGCAAUAUUUAUUUUUGCCUACCUUAUUUUCCGUAAAUACUACUCUCAAUGGGCAGGAAAAAGGCAAACAGAACACCAACUUAGGAUUGAUGCUGAAGAAAAAGCGAAAAAAGCUGAAAGAGAAGCAGAGGCACAACGAGAAAUCGAUGAGAAAUUAAAUAAAGAAGCUCAGGAAUUCGGUUGGGGUAAGAAAACUAGAAAGAAUGUCAAAGUUACCGAGAUGGUGUUGGAGCAAAUAGCGCUGGAAACGAGACAAAGACACCAAAGUGCCUUCGAUGCACAAGAAGAUGCUGAUAUUGAAGAUUUGUUAGAAGAUUGA